AUGGAGAGGGCGAGCCCGGCGGCGGGCAAGCUGAACGCCGGCGGCCGUGGGGCGGGCGAUGGGCACGGCCCCGCCGGCGGUGCCCAGCCGCGGGCGGCGGCGGCGGGCAGCGCCGAGCCGGGCGAGCUCAUCGGACGGGCGCUGGAUUUCAAGAGCGAAGGGGCGCAGUGCUACAAGGACAAGAAAUUCCGGGAGGCCAUCGGCAAGUACCACCGCGCCCUGCUGGAGCUGAAGGCGCUGCUGCUGCUGCUGAGCCAGGAGCCGGCCGGGCAGCGCCCUCCCGCCGCCGCCGCCGCGGCGGGGCUGAGCGAGGAGCAGCGGCAGGCGGUGGAGGCCAUCGAGGUCGACUGCUACAACAGCCUGGCAGCCUGCCUGCUCCAGGCCGAGCUGGUGAAUUACGAGAGGGUCAAGGAGUACUGCCUCAAAGUGCUGCAGAAGGAAGGCGAGAACUUCAAGGCGCUCUAUCGAUCGGGAGUGGCAUUUUACCACCUGGGUGACUUCAACAAGGCCCUCUACUACCUGAAAGAGGCAAGAUCCCGCCAGCCGACAGAUACCAAUGUCAUACGAUACAUCCAGCUGACAGAGAUGAAGCUCAGCAGAUGUUCCCAGAGGGAGAAGGAAACCUUGUGAAAAUGAAGCCACUUCAGCUGAAGUGCCCAAGGGGGAACAUUUCCUUUGUAGAAGCUCAUUUGGUGGAUUUUCCUGUUUGCUCUGCCUCAUCCUCAUCCUCAUCUCAUCCAUCCACUCUCCCUUGCUCUUCAUUGAAUACCAGUUUUGAAAUGAAAGAGACUUGGACGCUGGAUAUGGCUGCUUGCCAACCAUGGUAAUACCCUUUCCCCAUGGCAAAAGAGCACAACAACUACAGCCAGCCUUGUUCCCAGACAGUGUCACACACCUGGAGUAUGCAAUGCUGAGGGACCUGUCUGGUCCUGAACUGCCUGCCUUUUACCUUUUAAGGAAGCAACCCCUAGAACAACAACUUCCUGACCAGGCAAGUUGGAGCCAGAGGGUUUCUGCUCUGAGUGAUCACUGGAGCUUGGAAGAGCUAAGAAACCAAGAGAGCCACUGGUCAUUCCACAGGGGACAGCAAAUGCCUUUUUACCAUCAGUUCCCUCUGCCUGCUUCUCCAGUGUGUAUUAUUGGUCUCCAGUGAGAGCUCACAUGCUCCCAGUCUAAUGUCAGUGAAAACUGUUUCUAAACAUCCUCUUGAUGAAAGCACAGAGUACCCUAUGAACCCCCUGCAGAGCUGUCCCAGUGCCAGAGGAGAAGGCUGUGGGCCACCACAGAGUGCUGAACGGACUGUGAAAGCAUGGUGUACAGUGUGAGGGAAAAACUGUGAAAUAAUUCAUUAAAGGCAAAUAAAAAUUAUUCAUAGGCAACAA